AUGUCAGACCUUCCCACCUUCACCGCGGCUGAAGUCGCAGUACACAAAACCAGGAAUGACCUCUGGAUAGUCGUGCAUGGAAAGGUCUACAACGUUACCGAAUAUGUGAGAGACCAUCCCGGCGGUGUUGAUGCCCUCAUCGACGUUGCCGGCACAGAUGCAACGGCAGCCUACCAAGAUGUCGGCCAUUCCGAAGAUGCAGACGAGAUUCUUGAAGGAUACUGCAUCGGUCAGAGUGCCGAGGGCGACAAGUUUAAGCCGCAGAAGCCAAUCAAGCUGGCUCAGCAGGCGCCUCCUCCGCCAGUCAGAAAGCCAUCUUCCUCCGCUACCCCCUACUCCCUUGGGCUUCUCAAGAUUGCCCUGGGUUCCGUGGUACUUGGAGCAUCGGUCUAUGGUACCUCCGUGUACGGGUCAGUCGGAAGACAGGCUCUUGGAAAGCUCUCGAUUCCAACCACAGCCACCAUGACACAUAACCCAUUCCUUGCUGGCUUUGCAGCCGCCGGCACAUUGUCCGCAGUUGUGGCCGGUGUGGUUGGUACCAAACUAUCGCAGUUUACUCACGUUGAGUCUGGCUUCACCAGGUUCCCGGCGCAUCGGAAGCAGGUCCGGGCCGUGGAGCGAGGGAACCCUCACAUGGCAGAGGGCUUCUUGAACCCCAAGACAUACAAGGGCCUCAAAGUGGCCCGGAUAGACAAACUUUCACCCAAUGUUUUCCGCUUUGUCUUUGAUCUUCCUGACAAGCGUGGUGUCGUGGGACUACCGAUUGGCCAGCACGUCGCCGUGAAAGCCACCGUCAACGGCACCUCGGUUUCAAGGUCUUACACGCCCACUUCCAACAAUCUCGAUGUUGGCGUCCUAGAGCUAGUCAUCAAGGUGUAUCCUGACGGGUCACUGACUGGCGGCUACUUUGCGAAUCUGAGACCUGGAGAUGAGGUUCUCUUCCGCGGCCCCAAGGGACCAAUGCAAUACCAACGUGGGCUUUGCAGCAAAAUCGGCAUGAUCGCGGGAGGAACAGGCAUCACCCCCAUGUUCCAACUAAUCCGUGCCAUCUGCGAGGACGACAAGGAUACCACAGAGAUAUCGCUGAUCUUUGCUAAUCGGUCCGAAGAGGAUAUCCUACUCAGACCGCAGCUAGAAUCCUUCGCCCGUCGCUAUCCCAGCAACUUUAAGCUUUGGCUUAUGUUGGACCAGGCGCCGAAGAAAUGGGCUUAUGGCACAGGCUACGUAACCGCCGAUGUCAUGAAGACGAAGUUACCUCCUUGCGCACCGGAUACCAAGGUUAUGCUCUGCGGCCCUCCUGGGAUGGUUGCUGCGUCCAAGAAAGCCCUGGUCUCUUUGGGCUUCCAGGCACCGGGGGCGGUCGCAAAGAUGACGGAUCAAAUUUUCUGCUUUUAG